AUGCAUCUCCGGCACAACCUCUCUAUCCUCCUCUUCCUCCUUCCAGCGGCCCUAGGAUACGACAAUCUGUUCUCCGAUGGACAGCUUGGCUUUCUUCUAGGAAGCUCCUUUGGCCUUCCUGGCGCGAAUGCGACCUUUGACUACGUUGUAGUUGGGGGUGGCACAGGUGGAUUGGCAAUAGCCACACGAUUGGCGGGAGAUCCUAGCGUCAGCGUCGCUGUAAUUGAGGCUGGAGGCUUCUACGAGAUAGACAAUGGAAACCUCAGCGUUACGCCUGGAUACGCCAAUUUUUAUACUGGAGCUGCCCCAACAAACUAUCAGCCAUUGGUCGAUUGGGGUUUUCAUACAGUACCACAAGCGGUCGGCGAUCAAAGCUACACCUGGGAUAACUUCCUCCCUUACUACAUGAAGUCUUGCAAUUAUACGGCGCCCAAUCAAGCCUUGUAUACCAAUGCCACGAACACACAAGAUCCAAGCAGUUUCGAUCCAGCUGGAGGACCUCUUGCUAUAUCCUUUAGCAACUUUGUCGACCCCUUUGGCACGUGGGCUCAAAAAGGGUUCGAGGCUGUUGGAAUGAAGGCGUUAAAUGGCUUAAACAGUGGAUCUUUGAUGGGUUCCGCCUACGCAACGUUGACGAUUGACCCACGAAAUGCAUACCGUUCCUCGUCCGAGUCCAGUUUCUUGCAAGCAGCGUUGCAGAACGGGACCUCGCCCACCGUAUACAAAAACAGCUUCGCGCAGCGCAUCCUAUUCAGCUCUAACAACACGGCCACCGGAGUCUUGCUUACUACAGCUGGACCGUAUGGCAUACCUGCGGUCAAUUACACUCUAAGCGCACGGAAAGAAUUCCUCAAAGAUCUACCGGGUGUCGGCCAAAACAUGUGGGAUCACACUCUGUUCGGCACAGACUAUCGCGUCAAUGUGAACACCGCUUCCGCCGCAUUAAACAAUGCAACCCUCGCUGCUGCUGGAGUCAAACUCUUCCAACAAAACGCAACAGGCCCCCUUUCCAUUUUCGGUGCCAGCUACUAUGGCUUCGAGGAUCUACCCCAACCGUACCGCUCGAACUUAAGUAACGCGUCCCUUUCCGCCCUUGCGGCAAAUUUCCCUACAGACUGGCCGGAGCUAGAAUGGCUCCCCGUAAGCGCAUACCUAGGCUACCAAGAAGACCGGCAAACCGCCGAUCCCCGAGAUGGCUCCAACUCCGCCACCAUCAACACCGCCAUCGUCUCGCCUCUCUCGCGAGGGAAUGUUAGUCUGCAAAGCGCAUCAAUGCUCGACCCACCCCUCAUCAACCCCAAUUGGCUCACGGACCCCACCGACAUAUCCAGCCUGACGAACGGCGUGGAAGCUCUUCCAGGCGCCAACGUCACUUCGGACGCUGAUAUCUUGGCAUACAUCCAGAAGAGCAUUAUCCAAGUUUACCACGCGGCUGCCACAUGCAAGAUGGGCGUGCGAAACGAUUCGAUGGCUGUCCUCGACAGCCAAGCGAGAGUCUACGGAACGCAGAAUCUAAGAGUGGUCGAUGCGAGUUCUUUUCCAUUUUUGCCGCCGGGUCAUCCACAAAGUACGAUAUAUGCGCUAGCAGAGAAGAUUGCAGCAGACAUUUCGGGGAACGAUACGCCGGGGCCGGCUUAUAAGAUGGGCCCGGACUACUCUGCGAUGCUGGGAGCGCAGGUCAAGACUGUCACGAGUACUAACGAUAACGGUGCUGGUACUGCCAGGAUUGGCGAAAAUGGUAUGGUCAGCCUUGCGCUUUUAAUGCUGGCGGCCAUAUUCCCCUAUCUUGUUUGA